AUCAUGUACGGUACUUAUAAUUUUUUUAAAUUUUGUAAUAUUCCAUAUAAAUAAAUAAGUUGUAAAAUUAAAUUUAAAAGUCCUGCUAAAUGACAAACCAUUUGAUAUCGAUCCCCGGGACAAGAAAGAACCCUUUCUUUAUCCCUUUCGCUCGGCCAUUUCAGGCUACGAGUACGUGAAAAGUAUACAGAGUCUAGUCCUUCUUAAGAUGGCUGCCGGAGAUACAGCUCUAUGGCUUCAUAACAAGCUUGGAUCCACUGACGAUUUGUGGUCGGGAAAAACCAUUUGCUCACAACUUUCAAGAGAACGCUUACUCAAUAUUCAGGAUUGUUUUCAUGCCCUUCAAUCUCAUGUUAAAGUCAAGUUAUUACUAUCGUUUUUACACAUUCCGAGACGCAACGUAGAACUGGUGAGGACGAAUACAGAAUCUUUAAUUUUUAUAUAUUAUUUAUUUAUUAUUAUUAUAAUAAUAUUUUUUAAGAGGCAUAGGUUUGGCUCACCUUUAACUCAUUAAAAAAUGAUUUUUAAAUAACGUAAAUGCAUUAACUUACUUUGGCUUUAUAAUUUUAUGAUGCCUUAGCCUUAAACACUUUAUAAACAAAAAAUUUCAUAAAAAGCUUACGGUCACAGCGAAUAUGAGGUAGCGGUAGGUACUGCAGUUUAAUAGGUACUUCGAUGAAACAAUGGAGACUACUACUUUUUUUGUAUCGAAAAUGGGCAUCGGCACCGAAAAAUCCGAGUUUUUAAUUUUCCGAUGUGUGUGUCUAUUUAUUAUUGAAUGAGUACUUUCGACAUAUAUUUGAGUUCCGUUUCCGGCCUUGUAUUAUGGUAGACAUCUGGGCCUACAUUUCCAUCCAGCUAUUUUGCUUUUUCAAUCGACCUUUAUUUUGAAAAUCUUUGGUAUAUAUAAGGCAUCUUCGCAUACAAAAUUUUUGGUGAAAUAAAAAGAAAAGGUCUUUCAUUUUAAAUUGUGAAAAGCAUUAGAUAUUAAAGUAUACGUGUGCCAAUUCUCAAUGAUGUAGGUUGUGUCCAAUGUUCUCUAGGCUUAUCCCCGUGACCCACAUCACCAUAAAGUCGCUAUGCCUAAUUUCGACAUGGCGUGGGUCAUGCCCCCUUUUUAAUGGCGGAAGUUGACGAUACUUAGGAAAUAUUUAAUUAUUACCACUAUUUACAUCAAAAUAUUUGAUAAGUUGUGUUUUAGAAUGCAUUUUGAAGACAUUUAAAUUGGAAUGUUUUAAUUUAAGCUUUAAAAACUCUGUAGAGUCCAUAUUAUAAAUGAUCAGAAUUUUCCUUGUGCAACACGUUGUCAUUGGCAACUAUUCACAGCCACUUGCAUAACGGCUAUAUCGUAGUACUACCUCAGAGUUUCAUUCAUAAGAGUUUGCCGUGUGCAAAAACUAUUAAACCAUUGGUCAGGGAAAGCUUUAAUUAAUUAUUCAUGUGCCAAAGUUGAAAGUUUAAAAUCAGUCGACCCUAAACAGUAUUUUAGUGAUAUGGGGAUGCUUUGCCUUAUAUAAACUAUAGAGUCAUUGUGCAUGACAUGAUCAGCGGAAUGAGGUCACAGAAUGUGGAGAUGCUGUCCAUGUUAAAAAAAGACAAACCAAGUCGUACUUUAAAAAUUUAUAACGUUAAAACUGCAACAGCUAAAAAUAUGAUUUUGGUGUUAUAAUUCUGUAAAAAAUUCUCUCUAUUCAACUAUGCCAUUGUUUUAUUUUACAAAAUGUUUAAAUUUUUGACAAAAGUACCUAAAUUUACUAAAAUUUGGUAAAUGCAAAGAAGCAGGCCUGCAUAACAUAUGGCCCGCGGGGCUCAUCACAAACACCCACUUAGCAGCUCGCGAAGUAGCGAAAUAUUCUUUAUUAUUAUUAUUUUCUUGAUAGCUUUCCCCCGUGUCUUAUUAUUGGCUGGUUUUGAGUUAGCGGUAAGGCCGACGAUGUGUUCCACGUUAUAUAUGUCACGGAGGUUCCCCUGGUCCAUUUCUGCCUAUAGCGCCGUCUACAACUACAGUGCCAUACUAAAAAGAUUUCAAUGUUUGUAUUUACAUUUUCUUAUUUAACAUUUUUUUGUUAAAUUGUGGAGGGGUCCCAGAAUUUCUAUGUUUCUUAUUUUAGUAUUAAAAGCGACGGGAGGGGUUUGGGGAGGAGUCACCCCUUCUCAGUUCUUAGAUGAUCAUUCCAAAUGCAAUUUAAGCAGUAGUCUUCCUUUUGUUACCUAAGUUUCAACAUACGGGUAUUUUGGUUUCAACUAAUCAAAAUACAGCAAUUUAGGCGGGUGUCUUUUUGGUAAAUUAUUAGAGAUCGUCCCGCGAUGGCCGACAUCUUGGCUGACACAACCAUUUAAUUCUGUCACUAAAUGUAUCCUUAAACCUAACCUGAACUCUAAAUGUAUCCAUCAGUCUCAACCUAACCUAAACCCUAAUUCACUGCAACUAUAAUAAACAGACAAAUGACGUCACGGGAUGAUCUCUAAGAAUUAGCCAUCUUUGUUUUUCACCGGUCUUGGGGUAUCAGCAAGGAUUUGUUUCUUUUUUCCUUUCUUUUGAAACGACCCAUGAACUUUUACCGGUUCACGGGUUGUCGCAACCAAGAUGGCGACAGUGUAAAAAUAAAAUAUCUCGUGCUUGUUAAAAUUAGGAAUAAAACAUAAAUAAUUAAUGUAAAAAUGUCCUAAAUGUAUCCCUAAACCUAACCUGAACACUAAAUCACUAAAAAAAUCGAUCCCUUAACCUAACCUGAGCCCGAAAUCUAUCCCUUAACCUAACCUGGGUAUUGAACCUAACCUGAACUCCAUAAAUGUAUCCCUAAACCUAACCUGAACGCUAAAUGUAUCCCUAAAACUAACCCAAACCCUAAAACUAGCCCUAAAGCCUCUUUUAAAAAACAUAUGUACAGCAGCAGUUACACACUGUGGCAAGAAAACUAAAAGAAUGAGGAAAAACAAUUUUAAAAAAUUCUAAAAUAAAUAAAUAAUGAAAACCCAACGUACAGUUUCAUAGAAUACACUUUUACACACUUAAUUUCAGGUUCCACUGAAAAGAAUAUCCAGAAAAUGAAUAUAACACCAUGCUAAUGCUGUCAUGCAAUAUUACAUUUUCAAAUAUGGUGGAACAAUAAAAAUAUUAUAAUUAGCCAACCAAUGAAAUUUUAAAAUUAUAAUUAAUCAACAAAUACAAUUUUAUACAAUACAUGCCAUCAUCAGAUUAAGGAGAAUGUACUCUAGUAAAAAAAACCAAGGGGAGUGAAAUCAAAACAUAAACGUAACAAAAAAAUGCAAAUGACGUCAGGGCAUCUCUUCUUUGCAUUGACCGCAACCAGAAUCAAAUAUCUAGCUUUAUUACUUUUUGACCUAAAAUUUUUAAGUGCGAGUUUGUUUGGUAUUUUUUACUAUGGACUGAACUUCCACAUUGUGUGACCCCAUUCUGCUGGUUGCGUCACAUGCAAUAACUCUUGUUUAUUAUAGCUUUUAUGAGAUAAUUUGGUCAACUUACAUUCUCCUUGCCACAGCUUGUGGCUGUAUAGGAUACUCUCCCUUUUAUUGAUCUUCUUGUUGUUACUAGAGUUAACUUUUCCUUAAUAUGACAAUGGAAUGUUUUAUAUUACAAUUUCAUUGGUUGGUUAAUUAUAGUAAAAUAAAAUUUUGGAAUAUGGCUUCAAUUAUUUUAUGGUAUUGAUUUUCUGACAACUUUUGGAUUUUCUUUUUUGUUGAACCUGAAAUGAAGUGUGUAAAAGUGUAUUCUAUUAAACUGUAAGUUGGGUUGUCAUUAUUUUACAAAUAUUUUGUAUUGUUUUUCUUCAUUAUUAGUUUUCUUACCUCAGUGUGUAACUGUAGCACACAUGUUUUAGUUCAGGGAAAUGUAGCAUGUACCAUACCGGCUGAAAUUAAAGCAAGGAAAGGGAGCGACAGCAAGAAUGAUUAACACUUCUUGAUGCUUAUCUAGAAAGAUACAAUAAAGUCGCUACAUUGACCACAAAGUUUAUGUACAGGCGGAGAUUUUUUUCAUUAAAUUGUGAUAUUUUUCUCCUAUUUUUGUUUCUCUCUUUAAAUAGUUAAACCAGCACAUUCUCUCUAUUUACCCUCCCUAUUUUAGCAGAUGGGAGUUUUUUCACGGCCGCCAUCUUGUUUGCAUGACCUGUGACGCAAUUGUGAUUGUUUUUAUUUCCCUUUUUAAUAUGGUUGACUUUGUACCUUGCUUCGAGUUUUUGGGGAUGAAGCGUGUUUUUCAAAUAAACUUUAUUAUUAUUAUUAUUAUUAUUAUUGUAUAUAGUUGAUAUAUAGGCAUUCCCUUACCCGUUGCACUGGCAAAAGAAAAAUAAGCAGUCUGCGCGUGUUACAUUUCUGUGAUGAACCAUGAAUGGCGGCUUUCACUAUAUUUCGGGCUUUGACAUUUCUAUGCGUCAUUUUCUAAAAAUAUAUAUAACUUUCAGUCUUAAGCUCUAUUGGCUGAAUAAUUCAGGUCACGAGGAUAUAAAUUCUAUUCUAUGUCACUCUGACCUUUCUGGGGCGAACAGUUGGAACGCAAACUUUGGGUAAGUUGAGACCAUGUAGGUUUUUUGUGCUGGUUUUUUUUGGUAGAGUGCAUUUAGAAUUGAAACUUAAUAUCGAGCAAGCUUGUCCAUUUUAAAAUUAAAAGAAGUUAUUUUAAACAUUAAUAGCUAUUUCUAGAAUUUAUGAAACCGAACAAGAAAUGAUCACCACAUGUAUUUGGAAAACCUGCGGCCAUCUUUUUUUAAAUUAUUUUUUUUACCGGAGGAAGGGGAAGUUAUUUGGAAAUAAACAGUCUAAAAUAAACACUUCUAAAUCUUUAAAACAUAAAAAAAUUAAACAAACCUUUUUAUUCUAAUAUGACUACACAAUAUUAUGGUAUAAAAAAAGAAUAAUUUUUAAAAAAUUAAUUGCAUGUGCAGUUAUUCUUUUUAAAAUACAAAUUUGAUCGAUUUGCCUUUUGGAAUCGCGGUUCUUAAACUUAGCAUAAGUGUUUAAGGCAAGAUUAAUAAGCUGUAUAUGUAGUGAAGUGGAGUAUUUGUUAGCUAUUAUUAACUAAAACUACUAGUUUUUAGGGUGUAUCGAUAAGUCUGUAAAAAUAAAACCAUUAAAUUAAUGAAAUAAAUAGUUUUAAAACUAUAAAAUAAAUGCAAACAAUCUUUUUUCUUUUUGUUUUUCAGCAUUACCCGUUGGUAUCCAUCCCUGUUGAUGGGGAGGAGGAGGAAAAUUUGUUAGGGCAUGUUAAGAAAACAUUUCUUUUACCGUCAGCUGGACAAGGACACCAUCUGUUGCUGUGGAUAGCUUUGUACAAUAAUGUCAGCAGAGAUGAAGUUUCAAUUCAUUACAUAACUUUGAUAUAAAAUGUUUUGAAUGAUGUCUGUUGUAUUUGAAAACUCAGUUGAUUUUAGAUUGUCACUGUCUAUUAGUAAUGAAAAUUUCAUUUAAAGCAUUAUUAGUUUAAAAUUUAUGUUUAAAAUAUACAUAAAUGUUUUCAUUACAUAACAUUUAAAAUUUUUAUUUAGAAUUUUUUAAAUUCCUUUUGUAAUAUUUGAAUAUUUUAUUACCUUUGGAUUGUCACUAUCUGUUUGUAAUGAAAACUUCAUUGCAGUAGCUUUAUUAACCCUAUAUCUGUCGUAUGGGCGAUCAUUGGCCGUUAUAUCCCUUUCUGUGGUGUCAGGGAUCAUAUAAUCGGCCACUAGAAAAAUCGUCAUAAAAAAUGCAAAUGAUUUAAUACAAGCCUGCACAACAAACAGCCUGCAGGGGCCCGCCAGCACCCACUUUGUUGCCCGUGAAGAAUUUUGUUUAUCAUAAAUUAAAAAUAAAAUACAAAAAUCUUUGUGAAGUUACACUAAAAAUUUUGUGUUUAUAUGGAACCACUUAUAUAUAUGAACAGACAUUUUCAAAAAUGAACAUUAAGAAAUGCAAGCAACACUCAUGUUUGAGUGAUGAUCAUUUGGAAGAAAUCUUGAGAACAUCCACUACCAUUUUAUCUCCUGAAUACGACAAACUUGUUACGGAAAAAAAUGCAAUGUAGCAUAUAAAUUAUGCUGACAAACUACAUUAUAUUUAAUUCCUAAGUAAUUAAAUAUUCUUUAUUAUUAUUAUUUUCUUAAUAGCUUUCCUCCAUGUCCUAUUUUCUUUUGGCCCGCACAAGUAUUUCAUAAAGUAUUACGGCCCGCCUUACAUUUUGAGUUUUGCAGGCCUGAUUUAAUAUAUCUUAUUUAAGGGGAAAUCAUUCCUUAUAGAAAUGUGUUUGCCUCCUCUUUCCAUUUCUAUCUGUGUGUUUAUAUGCUUUUAUCAGGGGAUUUUUUUGUGAUUAAUCAGGUAUGAAAUUUUCUCAAAUUUUUUGACUGCCAUAAUUUCUGAGGGCUGCAAAAUCUACUCAGUUAUUCUUUACUGGAAUUAUUUGAAUAUUUUAUAAUGAAGGCAAUGAUUUCAGAGAUAUUUUAUGUGCUAGUGACAGUAUUAGCUCUAGCGAUGAUUGCGACAUAACUGUCAGAUGUUGAAACUUUUAUCACUAAGUUUAGUCAUAUUGUUACAGACAAAUUGAUUUUGGGAAAGGGUGGAUAUCGAACAGAAAUAAGACUCAUAUUGGAUCCCAAAGACUUACCCCAAAAAUAUUUAUGUUUGUGUGUUUUCAGUAAUAUUUAUUGAUCAAAAAUGGAUAUAAUAACUUCAAUUGAAAAGGAAUUUUUGACUCAUUUCUUGCCUUCCCCCUUGUAUUUUAUGUGACAGAAAUUUGAAGGAUGGGAGUGAAAAAAGUUUUCUGAAAGAAUGUUGCUUCUGGUAUCUCAAAAACUUGAUUUUUUGAUAAUUUGAAAAAAAUUAUGGAAUAUUUAGGGUGGUCAUCUCUUUCCAAUGAUAUGCUUUUUGUGUGUGUCAGAAAUUGAGUACUAAAAUUUUACUCACUCUGUAAAGAUCAAGGUUAAUAUCAACAUACUUAAUGUAAAAACAAUUUCUUUUCACACCAUAAGAUACCUUGUCCAAUGUACUUUCAGAAAAUGUAUACUUGUAAGGGUCUCUGAAUUCAUCUAGUUUGGGAUUUUUGUCAUUUUUGACAAGCAUAUGAAAAUGCUAAAAAUGGCUUAACCCUAUAAAACGGGAUCUCCAAACUAUGGCCCGUGGGACGGAUCCGGCCCGCGAGGCCAGUUCAUACGGCCCGCCGACGGUUUUUGAAUUUGCUUGAUUAAAAGUAUAUUUACCCUUGAACUCCUAAAAUCGUAAAAUACUGUCUCAAAAUGGUACAUUACAGUAUUUUAAUAGUAAGUAAAUAAAAUUGUAUUCAUUAUAUAUACCAUAUGUUUAUUUAUUGUAUUCAUUAAAAAUACAAUAUGAAAUAAUCACAUCCAGUGUCUAGUGGGAUCGAGUUAAAGUGGCGUCAAAAGAGUUAACUACUAAAAGUAGAUGAUUGACAUUUAUAUUGCAAUCUGCUGUCACUUUGUUUUGCAGACGUGAAUUUGCAAUAGAUAUUAUUUUAAAUUUGAGUGGAUGUACAGUCUGUGACUGGUAAAAAAAUUAAGUUGCUGGUGAAAUUUAUCGUGAUUCAAACUCCAAGUCAGAUCAGCAUAAAACAAGAUGUAUUCAAAUGAAUUUAAUUAGAAAUGAUAUCAUUUAAAAAACCUACCAAAUAGCUUGAGUUUGUUUUUUAAGGAAAAGCUGGUUUAAAAAAAUAAUGUAAAAAUCAAUAUCCAUUAAGCCUAUUCCCGCUUAUAUAUUUAAGUCUGAUAACUAACACAAACUGUAAAUUGGUGAAAGAAAGGGGAGUGUUAGAAAAAUACGGGGGCAUUUCAACUCAUAAUCGCAUUGCACACCACUCAUCCAUUAUUAACAUGGAAUACUAAACUUAGUUUUUCAUCUUUUUUCCCAUAGCUUUCGUUCAGGCUUUCAAGUAUUGAACAGAAUGAUUAUCCGGCCCGCAGGCCUCAUUUUUUGCGUUAUCCGGCCCGUCAUGAAAAAUUUGAAGACUUUUGCUAUAGAAAAAUCUUUUUGACAGCUUUAGGAUUAACUUAAAAGUUAUUACUUAAAUGUAAGAAGAAUGUCUCAGAAGUGGUCGGUUUUCAUUGAAUAUUAAAAAAAAAUUGCAUACAUUUCUGAACUGCCUUUUAUAUAUUUUCCAAAUUGCCUUACUUUGAGUUGGACAUCAUCUGCUUGUACUGCAAAUGUAUGGCAAUAGCUUUUUUGGUUUAAUAGUUUUGUCCUUUAAAAAAUUUUUUUCUCAACAAUUGUCGUUAACGACACUUUAUGCUUAAAUUAUCACAUUUUAUGAAAUAUAAUAAAUUAAUUCACAAUUCAAUGUGUUUUAUUUUGUUGAACAGUGUAUUGUAAAUGUCUCCUCCAAAUUUGAGCGCUCUAACUUUAAAAGCCAAAAAGAUACUUGCAAAAUAGUACAAAAAGAAUAAUAAUUCAAUCAGUUUUUGAAAAGAAAUGCAAAGCCUAAUAGUGGGGAAAAAUAAAUCACUAAAAAAUUCAUAAUUUUUCUCCUAAAAUGACAGAAAGAUUAUCUUGGUGUCAUUAGUGAGCUUAAAGUCAACUAUUUCCAAUGAUAUGCUCUUUGUGUAUAUCAUAUGUAUUUGAAAAUUUGAGUACUAUAUAACGCAUUGUAAGAUAAAACAUACCCUAAAAAUAAUGCUGGUUUUGGACUACUUAUUUUUAACUUUCAACUUUUGCACAUUCCAAAUUAAUCAAAGCUUUCUAUGACCAAUGAUUUAAUAGUGUUUGCUAACUGCCCAUAUCUUCUCUUAUGAAUGAAACUAUGAGAAUAAUAUUAUUGUAGUAGGUAGUAUAGCACAUGCAAGUGACUAUGACUGGUUGCUCAUGACAACGUUUGGCACAUGGCAAAUUAUGAUAAUUAAUAACAUGGACUCGACGACCUUUUUAAACUUCAGAUUAAAAUAUUCUUGUUUAAAUUACUUCUAAGUUCACUCUAAGCCACAAGUUAUCAAAUAUUUUGAUGUAAAUAGUGGUCAUAAUUGAAUAUUUCUUAAAUAUCAGCAUCCUUUGCUAUUAAAAGGGGGUCAUGGUCGAAAUUGGGCUAAAACUUUCCUCCAAGCAAAUAGCUACCAGAUUACUGAACCAGUCGAUUUAAGAGUCCUAUAAGGUGGCUUAAAACCACACAUUGAAAAAUUGAUAUAAUUUCUCAACGCAUUAAGAACAUUUGAAAGUUAGUUUCUAAUAUUAUCAUGUACUAGCCUAUAUACCCGGCAUGGCCCGGGAUUACAUUAGGACCCCAUCCUGGUUUGACCCCCGUUCCCAUUGGGACCCCGAUCUCAUUCUGACACCGAUCUCGACGAAGUCCCGUUACCGGUGUGAUCCUGAUCAUGGUGGGUCCAUUCAAUGUAAGGAUCCCGAUCCCGGUAGGAUCCCGUUUUCUGGUGGGAUCCUGAUCCCGUUGAAAUAAAGAUUAUGAUGGGAUCCCGACCCAUUUGGGAUCCUGUAUCAAAAAAUUCUUCAGUGGUACUGAGAGAACAGUAAACUCCGGGGCAGUAUAGAAAUGAAUAGAACUAACUAACAUUUCAAUAAUCCCUUAGAUACCACUAUAUAUCUCCUUGUAGCAAUCUAGACUUUUCUGGAAUAUUCUAGAUUAAAUUUAAUAGCCUGCUCAAAACGUGUAAAAACUAAUUUUCUAAUUAUUUUUUUAAAUACGAUAAAAAUCUUCAACAAGUACCAAUAUUAUAAUCCUUUUUCUUUUAAGUUAAUCAAGGUGCCCCUAGGGGCCCAUUCCAUAACUUUACCUAUUUAGUUAUGCCUGAGAUAGGGGGCCCUACAAAUAUCAGAUGGAUAAAAAAUAGAGUGAAAAUUUAAAAUUGGUCCCAUUAAAAUCUACUUAAAAAUGCCAUAUAUAGAGCUUUUUAAAAUUAUCGAACUUUUUGGAAAAUUCUAGAAUGGAUAUUAUUAUUUUUAAAUCCACCGAUAUAUUUUAAUACAGACAAUGAAGGGUAUUGCUACCACGCUAGGCUUGUAUCCAUCAAUUCAAAUAGAAACUAGUGUUGUCUAAGCCUAUUGAUAUUUAUAUAGCUUAUAUAAGGAAAAUUGAUGGAUGGAUAUUAUGAGUUUAGUACCCUUCGGUAUUUGAAUAUGGAUAAUCAAGUAUAUGUGUACUAAGUUUGGUCAAGAUCCAUCAACUCAUGUGGGAGUACUAAGCCUAUUUAUAUUUAUAAAGCUUAUAUAAGAAAAAUGAAUCGAUGCCCCCACCCCAGAGGAAUGGAUAUUAUGAGUUCAAUACUCUUCGCUUUUUUAGUAUGGAUAUUAAAGUGUAUGUGUACUAAGUUUGGUCAAGAUCCAUAUAUUAAUGUAGGAAUAUUUGUUGUUAAAUUUAUUUAUAUAGCUCAUAUUAGGAAAAAAACGAAUUCGGGGCCUCUGGCCCCAAACGGAAUAUCAUAAAAAGUUCAUAACCCCUUAAGAGUUCCUUCUGGGUAAUGAUGGAUAUAUGUGCCAAGUUUGGUCAAGAUCCGUCAAUCCAUGUAAAAAGGUAUAUGGAACAAACAUUCACUUUUACAUAUAUAUAUAUAUAUAUAGUUGUGGACAUGUGGUAAAAUGUUGAAAUAUGUGUUUUUUCAUUUUGUGAUUGUUUAAUUUUCUUAAAGAAUUAUGCAAAACUACUAUUAUGAACAAUUCUUUUAAGGGGUUUAAAAUGGGGUUGGGAGAGAUGUCUUUAUGGCCUCUGGGGUGGUGAAUUUAAACCUACCAAAUUUCAUUUUCCAACUAUUUGUAAUAACAAGGUUAGACUAAUACAAUAUUUAUAUUUCAGUAUACAGUGGUUCUUAACCUUUUUUGCAGUGCCACACACCCUCUUGAUUUAUAAAAAUUCAUGCAUGUGGUCUUUAAAAGUAAAUAAAUAAGUGUGAAAGUUAUUAUGCAUUCUCAAAAAAUUAUUAUAAAUUGUGCCCUGUGCAACUCAAAUUAUACCAAGGGAUUAAUGCAUCCAGCUGAGUCACUUGUUUUAAUAUUGCUAUAGUAUACAUGCUUUAUGGAUUUGGCUUUAUUCUGUGCCACUGAAAAAUUUCAGUAAUACUGUGUCUACUAGAAACUUUAAACUGUUGCAUAUCUCUUACAUAGUUUACUGUUACUAUUAACUUUGUAAUGAUACAUUUUUUUAAAUUAAAUAACUUCUGGUAUUUGUUAAAGAAGACUGAACUAUUCCAAAAAGAGUUUCACAGAUCAGUCAGAAAAUAAACUGCCAAUUUACAGAUUAAUUGAUACCUAAUCAUCUUUUCUUGACUGAUUAAUUGGCUUAGCAAAGAAAUGUCAAGAUGUUAGAUUUACAUCUAUAGUUUUAAUAGAAUAUGUACACUUUUAUAGGAUUUUAGCAAAUGUGGACCUAAUAAAUUUAAGUGGGCUUUCAUAGACCCGCCUCCUGUCCAUUCUCCAUCACUGUGUAUUUUUUUUCUGUGAGGUCAUCAUUGACACAGAAAUCAAUAUAAACUGACACUUUUUUCCUGAGAUGUAAAGACUUAAAUAGCUUAAUAUGAUGUACCAACUCUUCCAAGGUUUAUCUUUGGCUAUUUCUAAGGCUGUCCCAAGUGCUGACCCAGAUACCCUGAAAUGCCAAGUGUUACAAACCAUGGUAGAGUUACAUUUGAGCAUUAAAAUUAAAGUCCAGUUAAUGUUAUCCAUUUAAAAAAAAACAACUUUAUUACAGUGGCAAAAUGAUCUUGAGGAGAUUAUCUCAUUAGGAAUCAAUGAUCCUGACCCAUGGGUUGCAACUAUUGGUGAGAUAAUGAGGGAUUUUCCAUCAACUGGUGCUCUGCUUUUGGUUGAACAAGAAAACAGAUCUGAUUCUAAUAUGUUACUUUGCUUAGAUGAAAUAAAACUGUUAGGUAAGUGUUAGAAGGUUUAUAUAAAGAUAGUUUUAGGGGACUCUGCUUGGCCCCAGGAGCAAAAAGAAAAUGAAAUUUGUACCUUUGUUCUAGUCCUUGCUUAAAGUACUAGUUUAAAAAAAUACAAAUACACUUUGGUUUAACAAAAAAAUUAACUGAAUUCACUUAAAACUUUUUUAUAAUAAUUUCGUCAAUGUUCUUUUAAUAUACAUUUUGAUACUAAAUUUUUUUAGUACUUUGGAUGUCCAUGAAUUAGAAUGACUUAAAUUUAAAUAUCUUCCAUUCCCUGAGAUGACUUUUCUUAAUGAAAAAGUGAUACUACAAUUACAAACAUAUAAAUUGACUGCAUCAUUAUUAAUUAUAACAUUUAUUUGGAGUUUCCAGGUGCUCUUUUAAUAUUUCCUUUUGAAAUGCUCACAGCUCAUAAUUCAACAGUAAGUAUGAUGCCUCUUGAGUGUCAGUACUUAAAUAAAGCUGCUUUGACUGCGGCUGCAGGACAUAUACCAGAAGCCUCUAAGCACUUUACUGUUAAAAGGAAACCAAAGUCUGCAGCCUUAAGAGCUGAAAUAAUUCAGAAAUGUAAGUACCUGUAUCAAAUGCAGAAUUCACACUUUUUCAAAUGUGUAAUUUUUGUUUCUGAUGAUUGUGUAAACUUCACACAGAUGUGUGUAAUUAAUGAGAAAAAAAGUAAUCUGUCAUCUUGUUGAUUAAUCGGUAAUGUGCACAUUAUUUUCCCUACUGAAACUGCUCAAUAUGUUAGAUGCAAAUUAGAUUGUUUGUUAUACUAGAGUUUUUCAAGUGGGAUCCAGUCAGAUUUUUGCUGUAUAAAAAAAAACUCUUGGGAAAUCCAUCCCAGGUUGGAACUUUAAAAAUACAAUUUCUGUUUUUUUAAAAAAUAUCAGCAAGUAAAAAAAAAUAUCACUAUCUGUCACUGUAAACCAGGACCUGCAAAAUCUAGUUAACAGUGCUGAAUUAUUAAGCUCAUUAGCUGUAGUACACAGGUUCUCAAACUUUUUCAAGUCGCAACCACAUUUAUAUAGAAGUAAAGUGAACCAUGUGCUCAUUACAUUUAAAUAAUAAGGCUUUCUAAUAGGGUAUUUCCAGUGAAUUGUAACUUAAACUUUAAGACACCUACUAAAAAAAAACUUUAGAAUUUACUACUUCUGUAAGCUAUUUAUCUAUUACCGGUACUAGGGCUUAGCUGGGUAACAUGAAGCAACUAGAAACAAUUGAUCAACCUUUCUCAGCUAACCUUAAUAUUGCAUUUUAUUCACUAUACAAUUUUAGCAAUUUUCAAAAGCCACUCUUUCAUUGUUUAUUUAAUUUAUUUUAUAUUGUUUUAUAUAACAUAUUUCAUCCUGAGAAAUCCCGGGAUGAUUGUCACAUUUUUCCUGUUUUCCUGGGAUAAGCAAAACCUUGGGAAAGAAGAAAGCCUAGUUGAUACAAAAUAACAUUACACUUUUUUCCUGACUUUCCAAGACCUCAGUAGCUUGAAAUGCCCUACUCUUCAAUUGUUAUUGUUAAAUUAUUUUCUAAGCAUAAAAAUUGCUAUAGGGUGAUCCAUCUCUUGGUCAGUCUCUAUAAUAAAGUUUUAGAGUACCGGUAUUCUAAUAGAGUUUAAGGUCACUUUUAAAAUGAAAUAUCUAUUGUGAUUUUUAUGAAUUGCAAAAAUGUUAUUAAAAUUCACUGAAACACAUAUAUUACACCCAGUCAUUUGUUCAGAUCCAUGAGUUAAAUUCCCUAAUCACCUUUGCUUGCUUGGGGAUAUUUUGCACCAUUGAUAUUUUUAAUUUUUUUUUAAAGAAAAUAAUACAUACCUUAUACCAUUUAAGAAUUGCACUAAAAUUUAAUGAAAUAUUGACAAUCUUUAAUUUUAAAUGUCUUGUAAGGUAAUCGUAGGAGGAAGCAAUUUUUUUCUGAUUUCAUAAUUCUUAAUUAAAUACUCUUUCCUUUUGUUUAUUUAUUCUUUUAAAGCAUCUGAAAGUGUUUCAAAUAAGCGAAAUCAUGCAUCUACUUCUGUUCCUAUCAAAUCUAGGAGUUUUGCUAAAACAAUGGACAUUAGUAAGUAUUAUAAGUUUCAAAUUAAUUAAUUUCGAUGUUUGCCAUAUUAAAAAGUUUUGCUUUUUUUACUUAGUUUUUGCAUUUUUUUAUUUGUACACAAUUUUUAGUUAUAUAUAGACUAAAUAUAUUUUUUUUUUACAAAAGUUUAUUUUAUUUUAAAUUUUUUGCCUGAUUUCUAUUAAAACUUUGCAAAAAUAUUUAGAAGAUCUUAUUAUAAACAAAUUAACACUGAUCAAAUUGAAACUUAAUGUCUAUUGGUCUUUUCAAGGGGACCAUUGGUUUUUGAAGGAAAGGACAAUUACCAUGAGUGAUUUUAAGUCUAAAAAUAGUAAUUAAGGGCUACUAAGGGCCAUUGAACCCUAAGUACCACUCCUACAAUUGUGGUUAACAUUCACUAAAUAGACUUCGUGGUCACUUGUCAGCAGAUUGUGAGUAGUGGGUUUUAGAUCGUGUGAAUCAUAGUUUGCUUCUACACAAACUCCAGAGAUAUGGGAUCCAAGGCACCAGUAAAACAUGGAUCUCUAGCUUCCUCAGCCACCGAUGCCAAGCAGUAGUGAGGGACGGUACAAGCUCCUCCUUUGUCGAUGUGAAGUCAGGGGUCCCCCAGGGAUCAGUCCUGGGCCCCUGUUUGUUCCUAGCAUACAUUAAUGACCUACCCGAGAAACUGAUAUCACAGGCAAGACUGUUCGCAGAUGACACAGCAGUGUAUAGGACGAUCGCCAGCAGAUCUGACCAGGACCAGUUACAACAGGAUCUCAAUCUGUUAGCUUAGUGGGAGAUGAGCUGGGACAUGGAAUUUCACCCUGCCAAGUGCCAGACACUAUCAGUCUCUAGAAGUUGUACUCCUCUACACUACCAAUACAAACUGCACGGCCAUAUACUUGAGCAAGUUUCCUCCGUAAAGUACCUGGGUGUUACCAUUCAAAGAGAGGUCCGCUGGGACGAGCAUAUUAACUAAGUAUGUAACCAAGCAAACAAGACCCUAGGGUUCUUAAAGCGAAAUCUAAAGAUUGGCAACUCCUGUAUGAAAGAAAGAGCAUAUAAAGCCUUUGUCCGUCCGAUUUUAGAUUAUGCAUCUUCAGUCUGGGACCCAUUUAACCAGAAGAGCAUUGACAGGUUGGAGGCGGUCCAGCGACGAGCAGCACGCUUUGUCCUAAACCGCUACAGGAAUACCUCUAGUGUUGGCAGCAUGCUUGAAACACUAGGCUGGUCACCAUUGGAGGAACGACGACGACAAUCCAGGCUCUCCAUGAUGUACAAAAUAAAUAAUGGGCUGGUCCACUGUUCCAGUAUUAAACAGAAACUCGUCCCUCUCCCCCAUAGACAGUGAAGAGGCCAUGACAGGCAAUUCAGGCUCAUACCAGCAACAAGCCAGUAUAGGAGCUGCUCAUUCCUGCCUAAGACAAUCAGGGACUGGAACAAUCUUUCAAAAGGAACGGUUGUGGUGACAACACUAGACACAAAUGUGUCUAUUGCCUCAAGCCUUCAAACCCCUAGUGCAUGAUUCCCUCACAAAGUGGCACUGGAAAUCAGUGAAAUUUCCUCAUCAACACCAGGAACAGAAACAUUGCAAAUCCCAUCUACAUGCAUAGGAGCCAAAAUUAUCAAUACAUUGAUCGUGGGCCCUUAAAAUAUAGAAGAAGAAGAAUAAUGUUUUUGUCUGUAAUUUAGUUUAACAUCACAUAUAUCACUCCUUUUGGUAAAUCUGAACAAUAUUUAUAGUAAAUAUAUGUAUACUUUUAUUUCUAUGAAAUAUUUGUAUUAGUUACCCUGCUUCAGUUUGAGAGUAUCAUGGCUUAAACAAAUAAGAUAGUAAAUCAAUUUUUUUAAGCUCAAGAUGGAUAGGAGAAGCAAAUCUAGAUACUAAAACAAAUUAGUUAACUGAGUCGUACAAGAAUAUAGAAUAUUAAAAUGUUAAAUAAAUUUAGCACUUUAGACUUUCAUGCAAUGUGUUCUAAGGUAAAUUAUUCUUUAAAAAAAACUACACUAAAACUUUAGACAGAUUUGAUGUAAGAUUUUUAAACAUCUGCUUUAUGAAUCUAUUGAAAUUUAAUAACAGUAAUUAUUUUAAUCAAAUUAAGUAAUAUUGAUAGAAUGUUUAUGCAUUUGUUUACUGAAAUAUGUCUUAAAACUUUCAUGAAAAUUUUAGCACCACUGAAAACCACUCCAAGUCGAGCACUCGUAAACAAUUCAGAUUUCCGGUCUCCUACUAAUUCCUUACGUCUUAAUACAUCUGCAACUCGAUCACCUGUUACGCCAUUACCAAUUACGCCCAGAUCAAGCUCUUCUAAGAAAGACAGCAAAAUUAAAGUAAUUUUAUUUUCUACUAAAGUAAUAGAUGGUGUUAAGCAUGUUAAGUUCUUAGGGGCUGAGGAUCACUUCAAAUUUGGAUAUUUUGAUUGGAUGGGGAGAGUAAAAUUCAUGAAUCUGACUUAGCAGCUCUUGAUGGGGUGGUUUAGAGCCAGUUGUUUGUAAAAUUGGAAAUCUGAGUAGCAUAUUUUGUCAAAGACAGGCUUAUUAUACAUUAUUUAAUUUUUUUCACGCUUUAAUAAUUGAAAUGCAGACCAUCUAAAAGAGAUGUAACCUUUUAGGUAAUAUUGUGCCAAAGUAGUAUUUCUGCCAACAGCCUAUAAAUCUACCACAUUUUUUUAGUUAUCUGUUACUAAUAUUUUGGUCUUCCAUGUGAUAUCCUAAAUUAAUUGCUAUAUUUUGCUAAUUUUUGUUUUAAUUCAGUUACUCGAAAUAGAAGAAAUGCCAGUAGGAGCAAAAGAAGCAAAAAGACGGAAAAAAAUUGCAGGUUUGUUUUUUUUAUUAAAAUUUUUUAAAUUGAAAAUCCUUAAUUUUACAGAUAUUUUUUGUCAAGUCAGUAAAUUUUAAUCUUAAGAGCAAGCUAUUUUUUAUAAUUUACACUCCUGGUACAUUUUUGAAUAAAAGAAAAGAAGAAAUACAAUUAGGUAAUUUUUGGAAAUUAUUGUAAUUAAUUGGAAAAAAAUGUUAGUCUUUUUUCUUUGAAAAAUUGCCUGGGUUAACUUAAAGUUUGAAAAAAAUGUCAUAUAGUGUUGUAUUUCCCAAUAUAAUAUGCGAACUUUUAUUUUGAAAAAUCAAACUAGUGGUCAGCAAAAGCAAAAUUAAUGGUUAUAUAAAGAUAACAGGUCACAAUUAGCAAAAUGACAGAAGAAAAUUAACAUCCAUAAUAAAAAAAUAAACGAAUUUAUGAUGGAAUCACUUUAAAUUUUCCUUUUUGUUUUGAUCAGAGGUCACCAAACUUUUUUCACAGUGUGGCGGAUAACUGACAAAAUGACAAGCGCUGGCCGCAUAAUCAUUCUGCACAUUUCCACCACGUCCCCUUUUUAAUGGUGGAAGAUGCUGAUACUUAAGAAAUAUUUAAUUAUUACCCCUAUUUACAUCAAAAUAUUUUAUAACUUAGAAGUAAUUAAACAAGAAUAUUUUAAUUUGAGGUUUAAAAACCGGUAGGGUCCAUAUUAUAAAUUGUCAUAAUUUGCAGUGUGCAAAACAUUGUCAUGGGCAACCAUUUACAGUCACUUACAUUCUAUGCUAUUCUCAUAGUUUCAUUCAUAAGAGAAUGUAAGUGUUGUAUGAAAGUACUAUUAAAUCAUCGGUCGUAGAAGGAAAAAAAAAUAUAUUUGAAAUGAAUGCUAGACUUAGUAAACAAAACAUCCAUAUUGUAUUUAAUGUAAUAAUACAUCUUACAUGGCUAGAUAAGCUAUAAUUUAUUUAAAAUUGCAGAAUAUUGUUGAAAUUAAUUUUAUAAAUAGAACUUUUAAUGAUUAGCAUUAAUGAAAUAAAAGUUAUAUAAAUUUAUCAUUUAAACAAGAGUUAUUGCACAUGAUGCAAUCAACGGAAUGGGGUCACAAAAUGUGAAGGGGCAUUCCUUAGUGAAAAAUGCCAAAUAAACUCACACUUUUAAAUUCAUAGCUCAAAAAUUUCUGAAGCUAGAUUCUUGUUUCAUUUUUUUAUUUGAAGUUUGCUCUAUGUAACUGUAAAUGUUAAUAAAUUAAAAUUUUUUUUACUGGAGUACUUAAUUCUAAACAUAAUAUUUAAAUUUUAUCACCUUCACAUGUUCCAUGCAUUUUAUCAAGCAAAUUCAAGUACUGUCGGCGGACCCGGCCGGCCAUAGUUUGGUGACCCCCUGGUCUAGAUAAUAUUGUAUGUUUUUGUAAAUAUCUGUCCUCUUCCAAUGGCCAGGAGCUCAUAAUAAACUUUUUUCUUUUUUUUUAUAAUGAUUGUCUUUCCAGAUAUCUGCAUUUUUCAUUGAACAUUUAGUAUUUUUAUAAACAUUUUUACAUUUUAAAAUAUAGAUAUGGCACAGGAAGCUCAAAAAAAGGAGAAGGAGGCCGCAUUUGUUUCAUCAGGUGUCAGCCCAUCCUUAACAGUCUCAACUUCAUCCUCUGUAGCGCCAUCUUACACUCCAGAUUAUGCUGCUGGACUGAUAGCCCCAGCAACUUCGGUAUGCUUAUAAUUCAACAUAACUGCGAUUAGCAGUUAUAAAGGCAAUGCUUUUUUAUAAUCCAAAAGUUAUUUUUAGUUUAUUAUGGGCUUUUACUAUGGAACUAUUAAUAUUUGAUAGUGUUUCUUUACACCCUAAAAUUGGCUUGCUAUAAUUUUUUGUAAAGAGUUAAUCAAAUUGUGAAUAGGACUUAAAUGUUGUCUUAACUUUACAUAUUUAGGAGCAAUUGUGGUUAUUUGCUCCUGGAAAUUGGGACACAUUCAUGUAUUUUGAAACUUUAUUUGAUCAAAAGCUAUUAAAAUAAUUUUCAUAACCCCCACAUUAGCCACUUAUUAAAUAUCUAUAUUUUUGAAAAGGGGAGAAAGUUCUUAGAGGCAUCUGGUAAAAAAUGAAAUGGACAUUUGCAUUGACAUGGGGUACAAGUGAAUGUAAAUUUUUGUUACUAAUGGGUAUUUAAAAACUUAAUAAACCUCCACAUUACUCUUUUAUGAGGAUGUUGUUCAUGCUUAUGCUACAAAAAAAAAUGUUUUGCUAAAUUUAAUUGUUUUUAUUAUUCUCAGAAAAUGCCUAUUACAAUUUUGAGUGUUUCAUCAACAACUCUGUCACAACCAUCUCCUGCUUAUUUACCCAAUUCUUCAAGGCAGAAUACACCAAAUACAUCUUUAACCGGUUAGUGAAGUAAUCUAUUUAUACUUUUCUCUAUAUUUGUGCAAAUUUUUAACAUCAGUUGUGUACUUAGUCUAUGUUUGACCACAUCUUAUGUAGUAAAAAAUUGCUCUAAAAUUAUUCUAAAAAUUUUUUUUUUUCUUUUAAAAUUCUUUGAGAUUUAUUGAUUUAUUUAGGCAUUUUUUAUAUAGCGCUUACCUUAAAGCUCUAAGCGCUUUACAAUUAUUAAAAACAUGUAAACUAAGUAAAAUAAAAAUAAGACACUAGGAUAGUAACUACUAUACUAUAGAAACAAUUAAAAUGGCUAUAAAACGAGGACACUUUGGCACGUUUUGGCCUAUACUACAGGAACAGAAAAUGAGGCAGGGCGAGGAGGGUGCAUCACAGGUCAUAGGCGGACCUAAACAGAUGGGUUUUAAGGGACUUUUUAAAAGUGGACGAGGUUUCACAAUGACGGAUAUGGAAGGGGAGCUGGUUCCAGAACGUGGGCCCAUAGAAGUAGAAGGAGCGUUCACCGAUGGUCUUAGUUUUGGUUCUUGGGAUUGAGAGGGUUCUAUUAUUAAUGGAAGAGCGUAGUUGUCUAGUGGGGAUGUAAGGAAGUAACAGUUCAGAGAGAUAGACAGGAAAGUGAGGGUCAGUGAACGAGUUGAAGCAUAGAUUGGCAGACUUGUACUUGAAGCGAGAGGAUAUUGGAAGCCAGUGGAGUUGCCGCAUGUGUGGUUGAAUGUGGUCAUGUUUCUUUGAUUUAAAAAUGAGUCUGCAAGCUGAGUUCUGUGCCUUCUGAAGUUUGUCUAUGUGGUGUUGAGGAAUGCCUGUGAGAAGAGUGUUACAGUAGUCAAAUUUUGAAAGAAUGAGUGAAGAGACGAGAGUUUUUGUGGCAUCAAAGGAGAGGAGGUGUCUAAUGGUACUGAUUUUUCUAAUUUCGUUAUAUGCUGAUCUACAUAUAUUCGUGACAUGUUUGUCCAUGGAGAGUGUGUCUGUAAGCGUGAAUCCAAGGUUUCUGGCAGAGGAAGAGAGUGUGAUGUCAGAGUUGCCAAUAGAUAUAGAAGAAGGAGCGGAUGGAGGGAGAGGUUUGUUUUGAGAGUGGAUGAGAAGGAUUUCCGUUUUAUCAUCAUUUAGCUUCAGUUUGUUGCAAGUCAUCCAGCGCUUUACGUCGUCCACGCACUCCUGUAUGCGAAGGAUGGUGGCAUCAAGUUGAUCAGGAAAGCAAGAGUCACUGAUUUGAGUGUCAUCAGCAAAGGAUUGACUGGAAACUGAGUGGUGGCUAAUGAGAGAUGAUAGAGAUUUAGUGUAGAGGAUGAAAAGUACCGGCCCAAGGACCGAUCCUGAGGAACUCCAAUAGACAGGGCUGAAGGUUUGGAAGAGCUGUUGGAAAUAGAGACUGUUUGAGUUCUGUCAGAAAGAUAUGAUUGAAACCAGUUUAAAGCUGAGCCAGUAAGUCCGAAAGAAAGAUGAAGGCGGUCAAGAAGAAUCUUGUGGUCAAUGGUAUCAAAUGCAGCAGAGAGAUCUAACAGAGUGAGAAUAGAGAGUUUGCCAUCGUCCAUCGCGCGCAGGAGGUCGCUCAUGACUCGGACCAGUGCUGUUUCUGUGCUAUGACCAAGUCGGUAGGCGGACUGGGAGGAAGGAUAGAGAUUGCAAGAGUGAAGAUAGUCAGAGAGCUGAGAGAGUAUGAGUUUUUCUAUGAUUUUUGAGAGAAAGGAGAGGUUGCUGACGGGGCGGUAAUUCUUGAGUGUGUUUGGAUCAAGUGAGGGUUUCUUUAGGAGUGGCAGGACUAUCGACGGUUUAAAAAUGGGAGGGAAGAUGCCAGAGAGAAUCGAAGAAUUUAUGAUGGAGGUGAGUGCUGGGAGGAGGACGUCAAGGCAUUCUACAAGCAGUGGGACGGGGAUCUGAUCGAGGGCACAAGACUUGGGAGCAGACCUGAUGAUGACUCGCCUCACCUCAUCCUCAGUCACAGGCAGGAAUCUAUCAAAUGAUUCUGUCUGACUAACGUCCUCCAAGAACGGUGAGGAAGGUGUAAGGGUCGCACUGUCUAGCUCCUCCCUGAUCGUUUGUACCCUGGUGAUGAAAAAGUCCGCAAAGGCAUCAGGGAAUUGCUCUGGUGCAAUGUCGGUAGGGAGGGUGAAAUUCUUGCUGUUGCCAAGAAGACGGUGACUAGCGCUGAACAGCGCCUUGGUUGAUGCACAUGAUUUGACCUUUGAGCUCCAGUAGUCAUCCUUUGCCAUCUGUACAAUCUCUGCCACCGCCUCCUUCGCUGUCCAAAAGAUCUGUCUGUCGACACUCAGUCCAGUCUUUACCCAGCGCCUUUCAGCGCGUCUUCGCGCGAGUUUUGCAAGACAGAGUUGGUCACUAACGCCUGCAUACCAUGGCGACGAGCGACCAUUUGGGACACGUCGCGCCAUGGGAGGGGCGUGCUCGUCCAAGAGUGCUCGGAGGCCAUCGUCCAGAUACUGAGAGCUGAGCUCAGCACCUAGCCCUUGAAGCAUUGACUUAAUGCCGGCUUUGAAGGCUGCUCUGUCUAUAGCAUUUAUGUCACGCACAAUCCUGUAGACAGGUAGGUUCUUUGGGGGAACUACGUUGAGUGUAGUGAGCACAGCUGCAUGGUCAGAGGAGAGCAUAUGACUCACAGUACAGCUGUCCACUAAGUGGUCGUCAUCACGGUACACCACCCAGUCGAUGAUGUGGCCACUGCAAGAGUAGGUGGGCUGCUUAAUGCCCUGGACAAGGCUAAACCUUGUGAGGAUGUCAAGUACCUUGCUAGUAAGGUGAUCAGUAGGGACGUCAUAGUGAACGUUAAGGUCACCCAUGAUUACACUCAUUCCACGGAGCAGGUUGCAGUAGUCAAGUAGGUCAGGGAGCUUAGAGAGGAAGGUGGAGUUUAGGAGCUUGUUCUUCUUACUGGGGGGAGUGCGGUACAAGCAGAAAAUGUGGACACUGGGGGUCGUGUUGAGGGUGAACUGAACAAGUUCUAUAGAGGGUGAACUGAACAAGUUCUAUAGAGGUGUGCUGGAAUGGGAAAGUGGAGGUGAAAGUCACUGGGAGGUGGCUGCGAUAAAUGACAGCGAGGCCGCCACCUCGCGUAGCAUGCGGAAAGGACUUAAUAUCGAAACCCGGUGGCGUGAGGUCAGCACACUUGGCAUCAUCCCCUGUUGACCUCAACCAAGUCUCGGUCAGGAACAGCAUUUAAGGAUAAUUUAUUAGGAACUGCAUGCACAAUCUGUGUCAUAAUAUAUUAUUACAGCUACUUAAAAGCAAUUUUCCCUCUCAGGUUUGAUGAUUCGUGUGCAAAAUCACACAGUGGUUUGCAAAGUUUUACAGCAUAAAUUUUUUUUUUCAAAAGUUUACAGCCCACAAUCACACACAGAAAUUACAUAAAUAAAGUGCAAAAACUUUUAUGAAAUUAUAUAAAGGAACUAUAAUUAAAUAAUUAUAAACAGAAAUGUCUCAAUAGUUCAAUCAAAGCUAUAUUUAUUUCUAUUAUUUAUCCCUUCAUUGGGUCACACAAUUAAAUAUCAACACACCGACUUCUAAUGGCCACUAGCCAAGUCUCAUUUUAGUCCUCUGUCUUUCAACAAGAAUGCAUCGUCAAGGUUGAUCUUUGUCCAUUAUUCAGAUAUUAUUGAAUCCUCAUAACCAUGUCAAAAUGUAACUCUUCCAGCCUAUUUCUAGAUUGUAUUUUUUUUUAUGCUCAUUAGGCUUAAUCCUCAUUCUUAAUGGGCCCUGAUGCAAGAAAUGUAUCACAAAUAUUAAACAGAAUGGCAAUGUUUUUGAAUUGUUCCUAAUUCAUUACAAAUUUACCCAUCAUUUUUUUCUUCAAGCACAAAUAUUAAGUUACGAUACUGAUCCUUAACUUUUGUCAGAAUGUCAUAUUGUUCCACGAAUGCUGCAUACUAGAAAAACUGGUGCUUGACAAAAGUAAAAUCUUAAGUGUUGACUAACGCUGAUAUCUCAAAUAUGCGCCAUUGCAUCAACUCGCUUUCAGGGAAAAAAAAGUCCAGGUGCAAAUAUAAACAUUCAAUAAUAUAUAUUCUCGUCACAUGCAAGCAAUUCAGGAACCUCUUCGGUCCACUGCACAUUUUCACCAAGGCACUGGGCACGAAGCGUAGUGAUUCUAACAUUUACAAACUGGUAUGCCUUAAUGGUCUUAAGAUUUUUUUUCUUUGUAGCAGCUUGCAUAAUUCAGCAAGUUGACUAACAACUUCAUCAAAGCAAUGAUCAAACUGCAGGUCCUUUAGCUUCUUCAAACAGUACUUUAGAUAGGUGCACCUGCUCCUUGAUGCAUUCAGUCAACUCUUGUAUGUUUCUUAGCAAUGCUAGUAAAGCACAUUGCUGCGAAAGCCAUCUGACUCCAUUCAAUGGUCUAAAGACUACAGAAUCACCUUCCAACACCUUAGCUCAGUGCUGUCCAACCUGCCAGCUGAUUUAAAUGGCCCGCCAAAGCUUAAGAAAUUAUUUUUAUGAUGUCUUAAAAAAUGAAACAGUUUAGGGUUGAAAUAUUUGCCAUACAGUUGAACCGAGUUAUGUUGCUGGCCUAGGGGUUUGCCAAAAAGCAUCGAGAUAACCAAUGAUUGAGAUAAACGAAAACCAAUAUUGAGGAAAUAUAAUAACAUGUACUUAAAAUUUCUUUAUGAGUAUGAUGUGCGUUAAUAAAUGAGAAUGUGCAUGUACACAUUUUUUGAGUUGAUAUUGCAGUGAUUUGUUUGAUGAAGCGAUUCGAAGUAGUUAUUAAAACAGAAUUCUGAUCCAGGAACAAAUCAAAAUGCUUAUUUUUUUUCAAAGGUCAGGGCUAGAUCACAUGAUACACAAAGUAAGUCAGGAAAAUACAAAAUUUUGCUUGAAAUUACUGCUGAUUGCAAGGUUCGGUUGCUUUCAUAAUUUUAUUUAUGAUUAUCUCUUAUAUAUAUUAUGCUUCUGGUAUGACUCGUGGUCUGCUUCAUAAUUUACUGCUUCCAUUUCCGGCUCCUUCCUAAUCAGCGAAUUUGGGAUUGAGAGUAUAUUAUAUAUAAUUCUUUAUGUUUGAAACAAAGUAAGGUUCAAAAAUGAGUUCAAUACUAUGCAAAAUAUUUCCGAUAACUAUGCUAAAUGAUAUAAUUUUUUUUAUAUGAGGCAACUGCGUUAGGCGCGUAAUAUUUUUGGAAAAUGAAAUUGUCUCAAUUUAAGUAGGUAAAAAAUAUUCGGUUUCAAAGUGGUUGGGACAUGAGGAUAUUUAUUAGACAUCAGAAUAUUUAAUAUAGUUCAUGGGCGUGAAAUAACAAGUGUGUAGUGAAGUAUCAUGUGGGAGGGGUGUAGCAAAAAUUGGGAUUAUUAAAUGUGCAUUACUUGAGUUCAUGUUUUGUCAAGUAACUUUAGUAGAUUGGAAGUUCACGCAUUGGCGGGCUUAUAACUAAAAAUUGUGUCUGUUUCCUAAUGAGCGAAUUUGAUGCUAUUAUUUUCUUAGCAUUUGCUAUAUGCUGUGUAUUUUGUGACGUAGAUAUGUGUUUAGAAAAUGGCAUACUUAAUAGUGUGUUAGUAAUGGAGUUCUUUAUUUAAUAAAGAGACAUUUGCUACAAGAAUCACUGGUUGGUAAAAUAAUUAAUAAAAUGAAUUGUGAAUUGAACGAUAGACUUUCUCUGCCUGUUCAUAUCAGUGGGUUAUUUCUUGACAACAAAUGGUUGAUGAAGGCAGUGCACUCUCACUACGACAUAGGGCAGUAGAUUUCGUUGCAUCACAUUGGGGCAGAUUUGGAGAUGCUGUUCCUGUACUUCUUUCCACCGCAGCUCAAGUUAUCACAACAAAUCAGGAGUACUAUCAAUACAUGUCAACACCUGGAGCAUUUGGUGGUGAGGAUGAAAUUCAAGCUCCAAGCUUUUUAAACGUGAAGCUCUCUUGCCAAACACAAAUAAAAUUCACUGCCACGACUUAUUGUUUCAGUGUAACACUUGCACUAAACGUUUCACAAUGCAGAACUAUCUUCAAAAACACACAAAACUUCACACAGCUGACAUAUUACCUGACUCCUACUCCGUAGCACCUUCUUCCAGUGCGAUUCCUGCAACAAAACCUCUCAAACGCAAACCUCUUACUAAACCCUAAAAAAACAAGAAUUAUAAUUGUUCCCUAAAACUAUAUGAGUGUCAAAAAUGCAAUAAGAAGUUCACUACACAGGAUUUUUUACUAUACGCAGCAAAAUUCAUUCACAACUCUUGCAGUGCAACAUCUGCAAAGCAACGUUUCCAAACAAACGCAGUCUUAGCAGACAUACACACAAUCCUCUUCCCGUUACCAGAGGUACUUCUUCACCUAAUUUCUGUCUUCCCGACAAGAGUACAACAUUGGGAGUCCAAACCAGUAGUGCAAACACUGUCAUGCGCCAUACUGGCCUGCUGAGCAUAAUACAUCCAGCAAGUACUCAAGAUGCUGCCACGACGUGAAAGUAGUUUGACCACCUUUGCGGGAGCCACCUGUGUCUUUACAACAACUUCUUACGCAGCAAGCUUCAGGAGCUAAAAAUUUUGGUGAACACAUUCGAGAAUACAACUCUUCUCUAUCAUUUUUUCCAUGGGUUCACAUAUAGCUCAACCUCCUGGCCAUGGAUCAUAUUGUUUCAAAAUAAAGGGGAAAAUGUAUCACAAAAUGUCUCCACUAUGCACUAAAACUUCUACCUCUCCAGGAUAUGGAGAGUUGUAUGUUUUGGACACAGUGCAAGCAACUGAAGUACGCUCACAAAAAGAAGCAAACUCUGCAUGCAGCAAAAAUUCACUUUUCCAGCUAGAUUCCAUGCUCAGAAUCACCAACCCCUUCGCUAAAUCAUAAAAACAUGUGCAUGAAAUCGCUAAGGCCAAUCCAGCAGCAUGUAUAUGAAUGGUUUUCAAGGAAAACCCUGGGCUUGAUUCACGACAAUACAAUAACCUGACAUGUCACACCGAUGUUGCUGCGAUUUUCGACAUAGAAGAUGGCGAACCCCCCCUGCCGAAAGGGACAUUUGCAUCCAUCCCAGAGGCAACUCCUGUAAGCAUAUUUCCACUCUCAAUAUGAAUAGUGAUCCUAUGGUUUACCCGCUUUUAUUUCCUUAUGGGGAUGUUGGCUGGCACAAAGAUUUACAUGUACCUGGUAAAAGAACCACCAAGCAAAUCAGGCUUACUCAACGCCAAUUAUAUGUGUACAGAUUAGCAAUGAGGAAAACAUUUAAUAUUUUGCAUUCCAGUGGCAAACUAUUCCAACAGAACAUUCAUAGUUGACAUGUUAAAACAGAUGGCGCACGCCUCAACUAUCUCAGAUUAAAUCAACACGAUCUGCGUGUAACUGAUGAGAAAAUGCUAAGACAAAGAGAGAAUUUCACUGUUCCACUUCAAAAACAUCAACUUAAUAGAGUUGGCGAGUUAACCGAGGUCGAGAUAAGUAGGUUUCGACUGUAAUAAUAUCAAUAAUUUUCUAAAAAGUUAAAAAAAAAUCAUUUUGAGAUGUUAUUGCUGCCCUGGGCUCUGGGAAAAUAUUUUUUGACCUAUGUAGUCAAAAAGGUUGGACAGCACUGCCUUAGUUAGCUCCCCUUCCAUAUACGUCAUAGUGAAACCUCGUCCAUUUUCAAAAAGUCCCUUAAAACUCAUCUGUUUAGGUCCGCCUAUGACCUGUGAUGCACCCUCCUUGCCCUACCUCAUUUUCUGUUUCGGGUUGAUCCUGAAGUGUCAAAGUGUCCUCGUUUUAUAGCCAUUUUCAUUGUUUCUAUAGUAUAGUAGUUACUAUCCUAGUGUCUCAUUUGUAUUUACUUAGUUUACAUGUUUUAAUAAUUGUAAAGCGCUUAGAGCUUUAUGAUAAGCGCUAUAUAAAAAUGCCUAAAUAAAUAAAUAAAUAACUGUGCUUUCCAUACUGUCCGGCUACUGAACAAUGUGUUCACUGUCCUGAUUUAAGGUUCAAUAUCUGCCAUUAAAGGCAUAUCUUUUCUAGCAUCAUUGAUGCCUAAGUAUUCACGAUGAGUUACUUAAUGUUGUUCCAGUAGAUGUGGAAUACGUCCGCAAAGAAUUGCUGCACCUCCAUUGUUCUUUCCUAGUAUAACCAGUGCACUGUCUGGGGUAAACAUAACCAUUUUCUGCAUGUCCAAUGAAUUCUCUUAAUAACUUGUUAUUGCUGAUUCCAUGGAUUCACUGUCACAUGCAGACAGAGACAAAAUUACAACAAAUACUGUCUUAUAAACAUUAAUGGGAUAUUUCCAAAUCUUUUUGUAUAAGAUUUUAUGAUGUAAAUAUACCAUCCCAACUCCAGGGAAAGUCGACUGCUGACGACCGUAUGUGCUUUAGCUGGGAUGAUUCAGUGAGUGCAGGCGGGGGCUAUCCUGGCAAAGGGAUAUCUCCCAUGCUUGAUAAUUUGGGCUUGAGUGGUGUUUUUUUUUUUGGGGGGGGGGGCAUAAAAAGCUAAUUGGCUCGCUGAUGCCAUUUCCUAAUGUACAUUUUCAGUAUAAGAUCAACAUUUUGUCCCUGAUUUAUCAGUGCUCUCAUCUUAUGUUCAUGGUUGGAUUUUUGGAUUGCAAAUGUUUCUAAUUAAAGCAUUCUUCACUUUGAUUCAGUGAGUGCAGGCGGGGGCUAUCCUGGCAAAGGGAUAUCUCCCAUGCUUGAUAAUUUGGGCUUGAGUGGUGUUUUUUUUUUUGGGGGGGUGGGCAUAAAAAGCUAAUUGGCUCGCUGAUGCCAUUUCCUAAUGUACAUUUUCAGUAUAAGAUCAACAUUUUGUCACUGAUAUAUCAGUGCUCUCAUCUAAUGUUCAUGUGUGGAAUUCUGGAUUGCAAAUGUUUCUAAUUAUAGCAUUCUUCACUACAGAAUUAUUAGAAUCAACAAAAUCAAAAGUGUAAUUCCUGCUGCACCUGCUAUUAGGCACUGUUGCUUCCUCACCCAUAUGUUUGCGUAUUUAUUGAACCACAUUCAAAGAUGUCUUCAUGUUGAAAGCCAAGAGGGUGUUGUCAAUCUAAAUUUUAGCCUGGUCUUAUUUACCACUUUAUGUUGUGCUGCUUCUUGUCUUAUGCUUCGACCAGCAAAACUUUUUGUAAACAUUCGCAGUACACCUCCUGCCCAUAGAAAGUGAAAUCUCUGUACAGCAUCUUUGUAUUUUUGCUUGAUAUGUCAUUUAGAUGAUCAAAAUUCCAAGCCACUCAUCUUUUACCUUUACAGAGUUCACCUCCUGCAUUAUCAUAAAGGCACAUUUCACAAACAAAAUCAUUGUCAACUUCAUGAUAUUAUACAAAUUAAUCGCACAGUCUGACAGUUUGCUGUGAUGAAAAAAUUUGGUAGUGCUGCAAGCCCAAAUUCAAUGAGUCAUUCCGUUUUUAAUUUGAUAUUCACUUUUUCUUAGCAAGGGAUGAUGCUGACUUUUCUUGAAGUUUACAAAUAAUUAGCCAUUACACUUAAAAUAAGCUAGAUGAUACACAUUCACUGCACAUUCUGGGCCAUGAACUUUAUAUGAAUGGUUGAAAAGCUGAGAACGAAGCUAGCUUGUUGUGGAAUGUACUGGUAUCAAUAAUAAUAUAUAAAUCAAUAGUUUUACCUAAAAUGUAGAUAACAAAAUUAUAGAUCUGAUGCCAAAUUCUGGUACCAGGUAUUCAUUUAGCAGUUUGGACAAAAGUUUGUUAUUUAAAACUGUUCAUAGUAUAAUUAAAUACUGGGUAAAUCAAUAAAAUUAAACACUGAAAUAAUUUCUGAUUCAUACAAAUUUGUUUAUUGUAAUAAUAAUAUAGUGUAAAAAAAAAUUGUCUUCUUUACACAAGUGAACCAGCUACAUUUCAUUUGAGAGAUAGGUCAAGUUCAUGUUUACAUUUUGAAUUUAAUUAAUAAAUAUUUGUGACUCAAAAGAAACACAAUGCAUUAAUUUUUAAUUCUUGAAUGAUUCAUGCUAUUUUUAAUUAAAAUCGUUGCUACACCUUAGGCAUAGAUGAAGAUUUAGAUUUCACACUCCAUGUUAAAAAUGCAACCAAAUAGAGCACAUUAUUAGUUUGUGUGUGUAUUUGUAAUUAUAUAAGUAGUUGAAAGUAUGGAUCAAGCUAGGUUUAAAAUGGCUCCUGGCAGAGACAGUAAUUUUGUCAAUUUUAGUCAAGGUUUGUUCUGUAAAUGCUUCAUAUACAGUACUGAUACAACCAUCAAACUUUCCUCUAUGUACUUCCUGUGCUCAGUCAGUCUUUUGUAGUGAAAGAACACUAGUGCACAAAUAUUUUUUUGGAGAAAAGUUUUAACUGUUUAAGUAGUAGAGGUGCAAGGGAUUUGUUGAAUGAUGGCAAUUUAUGAAUAAAAGCUCAUGACACUGAUCAACAGAGUGGUGGCAAUAGAUACAUCUUUUUUAUGUAUUUUUAUUUAAAAACUUUAGUAAUGAAAUUUCAUUUGUGGAUUUUUUCCCCAGUUUAAGCUUGUGCUACGCACUGCAUAUGGUUUGCUCUAACGCAAAUAAGGAUUCACUGGUUAUUCACUGGUUACCCAUGGGUUAAUUUUUUAUAAUAUUCGCAUUUUAGGGUACAGCUAUUCUAAACUAAACAUUCAUACUCUAACAAAUAUAUAUAUAUAUGUAUGUAUAUGUAUGUAUGUAUGUAUGUGUGUGUGUUUGUGUAUAUAUAUAUUAAUAUAUAUAUAUAUUAAUAUAAGUGUAAAUUUGUUUGUGGGUUUGUUCAACAUAGAUUUUUACAAGGCUUGUUGGAUCUUGACCAAACUUGGCACAUGUAUCCAUCAUUAUCCGGAAGGAACUCUUUGGGGGUUGUAUAUUUUUUAUAACAUUCUGUUUGGGGCCCGGGCCCCUAAAUUUAGUUUUUUCUAAUAUGAGCUAUAUAAAUAAAAUGACCAAAAAAUACUCCUACAUAAAAAGAUGGAUCUUGACCAAACUUAGUACACAUACACUUGAUUAUCCAUAUUUAAAUACCAAUGAGUACUGAACUCAUAAUAUCCACUUCUGCCCCAUUUCAUUUUUCCUAAUAUAAGCCAUAAAAAUACCAAUAGGCUUAAUUAUAGGUUCUAUGUGAAUUGAUGGAUCUAGGCCUAGCUUUGUAGCUGUAUCCUUCAUAGUCCGUAUUGAAAUAUCGGUGGAUUUAAAACUUAUAAUACCCAAUCCAUUCUGGGCUGGUCUAUAAUUUUAUAGAAAGCUCGAUUAUUUCAAAAGGCUAGAUCUAUGACAAAUUUAAACCAUUUUAAAUGGGACAACUUUUAAAUUUUAAUGUUAUUUAUCUGACUGACUUUUAUAGGGUCCCCAUCUCCGACAAAACUUAAUCGGUACAAUUACGCAAUGAGCCCCCACCAGAGCUCUCUUUUAACUUAAAUGUACUAUAGUUAUAGUAGUGCACUUAGUUGUAGAAUAUUCUUUUUUAUUUCAAAAAAUUAAUAGUGUUUAAAAUUCAUUUUUUAAACUUUUCGAGGAGGGUAUUGAAUUCAAUCUAGGUUGUUCAAGAAAGUUCUAUAUUGCUCUAUGGCAAUAUAUAUAAUGGGAUUUAAAAAAGCUUAUUAUAAUGUUAGUUUAGUUUUGUUCAUUUCUAUACUUUCAUGGGGAUUUUCUCUACACAUCAUACCGUUCAUAAAACGACCAGGAACAAAAUGGUAAAGGGGAACGAGAUCCAACAGUAAACUGGAACCCACCGGUAACGCAAUCCCAUUGGCUAAGGGGAUACCAUCGGCGAAGAGGAUCCCACCACGAAACGGGAUCCUGCUGAAAAAUGGGAUCCCACCGGGAAACAGGAUCCCAUUGAGAUCGGGAAACCACCGGGAUCCGGAUCCCACCGGGAAACUGGAUCCACCGGGAUCACUGGAAUCGGGAAGCCACAGGGAUUAGGAUCCCACGGGUAUCGCAACCCCACGGGAUUGCAGUACCAACAGGAUCAGGAACUUACCGAUAUCAGGUUCCCACCAGUAUCGGGAUUUCACCAGGAUUGGGAUACAACCGGGAAAUGGGAUAUUAUUGAGAAACAGGAUUUAAUUACAAUCCCUUCCGGGAUCUGGAUCCCAUUGGGAACAAAAGGUUUACAAAGAUAUUAUAAAUGUGUUUUUAUUGCCAAAAAUAAAGUUUAUAUUUUUUUACUGUAGGUGGGUUUUUUUCUUUUUCAUAGCGCUUAAUUUCAAUGUUAAUUAAAAGGCUGUAAUAGUAGAAAUUGUCAUUUUUCCAAAUGCUAUCCCGGUAUAUUGGCUAGUUUUAUGAUAAUUGUUAAAAUUUACAAAACCACCCAUUAUAAUUAUGUUACAGGUAUAGGUGCAUUGUCAUCAGCAAAUCAACCUGCCACCAAACAGAAUCUCUCUCAACAGCUUAAAAAUCAGUUGUUGCAGCAACCACAAAUUAUAAGACCUUCCAUACCAUCAUCUCUUCCUAUGAUGACUCCAAUUCUUAUUGCACAACAGCCAUUAGCUCAAGCAGCUUCAGUUCUUGCUACAAAUGCACAAGUGAACCCAGGAUCAGCAGCACUUUCAACAAAUAUAGUUAAACCUCAACAUACCAUACUUGUGCCAGGAGGGACUAAAUUAACCCAGCCCCAAUUUGCGGCAGUUACAUCAGCACCAAUGCCCGUCCAGGCUCCCCAAGCAGCCCAAGCACCUGGUACAAAAAAAGGUUUAUCACUCACUGUAAGUGUUUAAGUUUUAUACUAGUCUAGUUUAAACAUUGUCAAUUUUUGGUCAGAAUAUUAUUAAAUUAUAUAAAGACAAGUAAAGAUCAUCUUGGCUAUUUUUUAAUAUCCACAGUUAAUUUUAUUAAGUGCUGACUUCUGGGCCAAUUUAUAAUUUAAAAAGUUCUCUAUAGUAUCAUAUAAGAAAAGGCUAUCUAAUGAUUAUUAUGACUAAACUUUGCAAGUUUAUAAUAUAAUUUAAAUUAAUUUAUGAAGAUAUCAAAUUUCCUGUUAGACAGUCAACAACACUUUAACAGGCCAUCAUCAUCUACAAUAUAAAGUGCAGUGUGUGUGUAUAUAUGGAUACCGAUGUUCAUUUUUUGCAACAAAAUUUGUCAUGGUUAUGGGAAAUUUUGAUCAAAAUCCAUUCACCUCAAAGGCUUUUAUUUAAAAGUUAAAGGAAUCAAAUUUUACAUUAUUUUUACAAAAUUAUUAUUAGGAAUUCUCUUGCUCUGAGAAUGAUCAUGAACCUUCAUUUGAGUAAUUUCUGGUGCACAUAUUUUUAAUAAGGUAUUAUUUAUUUUGAAGAAUGGUGCACUUUCAAAAUAUUAAAAGAAACAUUUGUUUAAAGCUAUAGAUUUAUGCUCAUUUCACACUAUCAAAUAUUCGAUCAUACAUUUGAUGCAAUUUUUGUAUGAAUUAAGAAGCCUUGUCACAACUUUCAAAUCACUAUUUGAUCAAAUUUUGAUAUAUGCAAACAUUUUAAUACCAGUAUUAUUAUGCAACCUCUAUAUCACGUGAACAAAAACUUAAAAGAAGUUUGUCAUUCUAGGGCGUGUUUACAUUGACUGCACUUAAUUGUCUAAAUAACAACAGCCUCCAAAUAAGAAUUACAUAAAUUAGAAUAAAAAAUAAAAGUUUGAAAAAUUAGACAAUAAAUUAACGUAGGGCAUGAUGUAAUUGAAAACUAAUGACUAUAUUACUAGUUUCUCCUGCUACGGCUACAAUCUGUGACUUUAUCUUUUACCCAUACUAUCGACCAGAUUGAAGCACACAAAAACAAUAAAAAAAUAAAAACAAUUAAAAAAAAUUAUUACUUUAUUACUGAUAGAUUUGUGUCGACAUCCCUGUACUAAGUCUGGGGAAAUCAUUCAUGAAUUAUGCACUAAAAUAUACAGUAUGCUCAUUCCUAGUACACUGCACUAGAUUUAAAAAAAUAUAUUUAGUACAAUUAUUUAUACUUUUAUAUACUAGUAGGUACUCUAAUUUAAAUUAAACUCUGCUCUAAACUAUAAUGGAUAAUAUUUUAGGGUGUGCUAAUCUCCUUUUAAAAAUAAUUUCAAGAUGGAAACACCUUAUUUAAAACAUACAAGUCCAAGCACAAAUUUCACAAGAACCCAGAAACAAAAUCAAUAUUUUAUAUAUCGGUAUUACAUAAAAAAAUAAGCAGUGCUGAAUGAAUUUAGAAAAGAAAAAUAUUUAAUUUAGGGUCAUGAAAGGUGGUAGGGUAGACCAUACAAUACAUUUAGCAGUUUAAAAACACAAGAUAUCUAAAGUAUUUUUUUAGAAUAGAAAUCAGAUGUCAAGGAACUCCAUAGUGACAAUAAUGAUUUAAUUAGUGAUCAUUUAGAUUUGGUAAUUUAAGGUCAUGUUUAGAGGGGAAAAAAUUGUAGUUUAGGGGCACAAAAAGGGGUAUGGAGGCAUAUACUAUGUAGCAAAAAAAAUACUUCUUAAAACUUUUAAUGAUGUUAGAAACGUAAACAUCAUUACAUAGAUACUUCUUUUUAAAAUAAGGAAUUGUGAUGAGUUUUUGCAGUAGCAGGUAGAAAUUAUCGCAAAGUGCCUCCCAUUAUAAUUUCGAUAACAUUGGAUGAAAAUUUCUAGUAUCAACAUGGGUUUACUUAUGUAAGUGUACCCACUUUUUGUUAAUGCCAUUGAUUUUCUUAAUUGGUAAAGAUAUGUUUAUUUUUAAAAAGAGAAUGUAACAAAUGUAAUAUCAUUGGAUUUAAAGAUAUUGUCAUCCAUCUAAAAAUAUAAAACACACCCUAUUUCCUACGGCUGAUAUAUAUGUACCUAAGAAGGUUAAUUAUUUAUCAAAUUCAUUCCUUUAUUCUGAGGUGUAUCUUGUGCUGCCUGGGGCAAAAUGAAAGUAUCAAAUCAUCCCCCCCUCCCCCCCCCCCUUUUCCCUCCAGAUUUUAAUACAAAUCAUCCACAGGAUUGUUGCCCCUUACGUAUGCAAAAACACAAAUUUUUUUCCGUGCCCCUGAACUUAAUUAGCAUUUUUAAGUCCCAGAUCCCUUUUACCAUGUUUUAUAUUGCUAAAAAAAAUACAUAAUUUUGCGCAUAAUUUCCAAUUUCGAAAAAGUAUGGGUAUUUAUUUUAACAUUAAAAACUAUACCAAAGUUCAUAGCUGUCACAUAAUUGGGUCUUUAGAUAUAGAUAUCAAAAUGAACCAAUUGCAACUUCAUAUGGUUUGUUCUUAUUUGGAUGAGUGAUAAGUGCAUUAGUGAAUGAUAUUUGACUAUGAAUUUCACUGCACUGAUUGACUUAAACAGCAUUUUCUUAUUAAAAGUAUAUUUAAAGAUCACGUUUUUAUUACAUUAUAUAAGUAUAUUUUUGGAAUGAAAAUUAAGUAAAAACUCAUUAAAUGUUCAAAAUUCAAAACUAAAAUUUGGUGUGUUUUUUUAAUUAAAAAGCAAUCAUAUUUAUUAAUUUUACUUUUAAGAAGGGAAAAUACAUUAUCCGGUUAUUAAAUCAAAGAAACUUAAAGCUUUGGUUAAAAUAUGCAAUUCAUGCCAUGACGUCAUUUGCGUGAUUAUUUCGUAAAUAUCUAUUUACAAAUAAGGGAUUAGUUAUGCUUUCCAUUUCUCGAAAAUACUGUUAAGGAGCAUUGACACAUUGUGGCUUCAUCUUUGUGUAUAUCAUUGUGAUUUUUUGUAUUUGACUCAUUGAUAGAUUUUAUUUAAAAAUAAGGAAAUAAAUGUUUUCUAUUUUUCUGGAAAUUCAGUUCAUGGGCAAGGAAAGAGGAGGGUGGGGGGGGGGGGGGGUUUGUUUAACAUUUUAUAGGAGGUUAACAAUAUCUAAGAAAAUUGGUAUUUAGACCCUUUUUAGAUAUAGAGAUUAAGAGAUUUUAACCUUAAGUAUCACACAGUUCAGAAGCAAAGCUAUAGUGUGGUAGAUUUUUUUUUGAAGAGACCAAUAUCUAACAAUAUUGUUCAUUUUACUGUACAGAUAUUUUUAUGUGGCUGAAUUUUUCUUCAAAACCCUAUUAUUCUACAAACAUGAAAUUUGAUAUAUGGAUUUAUCUUUGAAAAUAAUUACACAUAUUUGAUUUAUAAUUGACAUUUAAUUUGGUUACUAUGCUAAAAUAAAAUAAAAAUUAAAUUGAAGAAAAGGGUAAGUAUUUCAUAUUUAUUUUAAAUGUCACACUCAUAUUUGAAUUCAUAAAGGAAUAAAUUAUUAAUGUAUGAAAUAACUUUCAAAAUAAUGUGAUUUUCAAUAAUAAUCAUAUUUUUAAAAUUUUAAUGACAAACAUUUUUAAUUUUGUGUUAUAGAAAGAACAGAUGAUUGAAGCCCAGGAAAUGUUUAAAGCUUCCAAUAAAGUGUCACGACCAGAAAAGGCACUCAUACUUGGGUUUAUGGCUGGAUCAAGAGGUACAAAAAAUGUUCAGUCCAUACAAAUACGAUUAUUAUUAUUAAGUAUUAAGCAUUGUAAGCUUAUUGAAUUUCGUUAGUUGAAUCCUUAUAUUGCUUAAAAAUUGGUGAAUACAAGCCAACCUGCUGGAUCAAUAACUGUAAAAAAAAGUACCCAAAAAAACCUGUACAACUAAAAAAAAAUUGUACAGAAAAUAAAUGAAUAUUAAAAGAAGUAUAAUUUAUAACUUUUUCAUUUAAUCAUGUUUUUUAUUAAUGCAACCUAUGCCCAUUUGCUUAUUGGUUGAAAAUAUUAAAUGUUAUUGUAAAUUUUGCGUUGUUAAUAAUUGUUAAAUAGAUGGGAUCGUUUCACCAUUAGGUUGAUUUCUGACAAUCGGUUUAGGUUUAUUUUAACAUUGAGAAUGAAUGCUACAAUCUGCUUUACUGUGAGGCAAGGUCAGCAAAAGUUUUAUAAGAAAAAUACCCAGGGUAGAGAAUUUUCUUUCUUUAUUUCUUUUAGAUUACCUGUUAAUCUCAUAUGCAAAUUCUUUGAUUUCAUUCGUAAUAGAAAAUCUCCUGUCAACUACAUAUCUAGAAGCUGUGAUUGUUUGUCUCUGUAUUUUUUGUAUUGUCCAUUAGGUUUUUCUUUACCCUGUUUAUAUUUCUAAUUGCUUCAAUCUGAAUGCAGUCUUCCCGGUAUUUCUGUAUAAGAAUAGUUUAUAAUAGUGUGGUGAUUUGGAAAUCUCAGCUUGUCAUUGGAAAAUAAUAAAAAUUAUUGGUAUACCGUAUCAAUUUGCAUGUAUAUUGGUGAUUAUACAUGUGACAAAAUUAUCCUUGUUAUUUAUCAGUAAUUAGGUACCGGUAUAUUCAUUUUAUUAUUAUAAAGGACUUAGAAUAAAAAUAUUUUUUUACUUUCAGAAAAUCCUUGUCCAGAACAAGGUGCUGUUCUCAAUAUAAAGCUUAGUGAAAAAGAAGAAGUUGUACACUUGCCAGAUGGUACAGUAAAGAAAAAGAUUGAAGACACUUAUUUUCAAAUGAACUAUGCAACUGGAGAAUGGAGAAGAUUUCAAAAACUACGGGAAAUGGCUGUGUCAUGAUACUUAAUUUCUCAAUAUAAUGUUCACAGAACUGGACUUGUAACAACAAAUUGCUCUGUCUGUUUAGUCCACAAAUAAAUUUUUUUUAAAAUACUACACAAAGUAAGAGUCACUAAUUCAUCAUAUACUUUGAUUACUUUGAAAGCGUACAAAAAGGAAUUAUCUACUGUAGUCAUAGAACAAAAUAGGCAAAUAUGUACGGUUGACUUCUGGUGUGUUUCUUUAUUACAGUUAUAGUUCUCUCACCUGUGUUAUACAUCUUUUUUUUCAACAGUUUAAUGGCACAUUAAAAUAGUAAAUAAACUGCCAGUAUUUAGA